AUGAAGACGCCAUUAAUGGUGUUCCUGCUGAUAGCAAUGGCAGCACGUAUCAACGGGGAAGACCCUUAUAGAUUCUUCAACUGGAAUGUUACUUAUGGUGAUAUCUACCCUCUUGGAGUUAAACAACAGGGGAUUUUGAUAAACGGGCAAUUUCCAGGCCCGCAAAUCGAUUGUGUGACUAAUGAUAAUGUGAUUGUUAGUGUUGUGAAUAGCUUGGAUGAACCUUUCCUCAUUACCUGGAAUGGAAUCCAGCAGAGGAGGAAUUCAUGGCAGGAUGGAGUUUAUGGCACAAAUUGCCCAAUCCCACCUGGUCAAAACUUCACUUACAUUCUUCAAGUUAAGGAUCAAAUUGGUAGCUUCUUCUACUUCCCUUCCCUUGCUUUUCACAAGGCCGCCGGAGGGUUCGGUGGCAUCACCAUUUCCAGCCGUCCUAUGAUUCCGGUCCCUUUCCCGCCACCGGCUGCAGAUUACACCAUUCUCGCCGGCGACUGGUUCAAGCAAAACCACACUGAUUUGAAAGCGAUUCUAGACGGAGGCUCUGAUCUUCCGUUUCCCGAUGGUCUUCUCAUCAAUGGCCGUGGAUCAAACGGAUUUACAUUCAACGUUGAUCAAGGUAAAACUUACAGAUUGAGGAUUUCGAACGUGGGGAUGAGUACAUCGAUCAAUUUUAGGAUCCAGGGGCAUAAAAUGCUGCUAGUUGAGGUCGAAGGGACUCACAGUCUUCAAAACACGUAUUCUUCUCUUGAUAUCCAUCUCGGUCAGACGUACUCCGUCUUGGUCACCGCCGAUCAACCUCCGCAGAAUUACUUCAUGGUGGUGUCAACCCGAUUCACCUCUCAAAUCCUCUCCGCAACCUCCAUUCUUCAUUACAGCAACUCUCCGGGAACUUUUCCGGCUCCUCCCCCCGGUGGUCCUACCAUCCAAAUCGACUGGUCUUUAAAUCAAGCACGGUCCAUAAGGCAAAACUUAACGGCGAGUGGUCCGAGGCCGAACCCACAAGGUUCGUACCAUUACGGGAUGGUUAACUUCACUCGAACCAUCAGGCUGGCUAACUCUGCUCCCGUUAUCAAUGGCAAGCAGAGGUAUGCUGUCAACAGCGUGUCGUUUAUUCCGGCGGACACACCUCUGAAGAUUGCUGAUUAUUUCAAGAUCUCCGGUGUGUUUUCCCUGGGAAGCAUUUCCGACAGCCCCACCGGCGGUGGUGGUUACCUCCAGACUUCAGUCAUGGCGGCUGAUUUCAGAGGGUUUGCUGAGAUUGUGUUUGAGAACUCCGAAGAUACCGUACAGUCAUGGCAUAUUGAUGGCCACUUCUUCUUUGUCGUAGGGAUGGAUGGAGGGCAAUGGUCCGCUUCAAGCAGAACAAGUUACAAUUUAAGAGAUGGGAUUUCCCGCUCUACGGUUCAGGUAUAUCCGAACUCAUGGACUGCGUUGUACGUGCCAUUGGAUAAUGUAGGAAUGUGGAACAUAAGAUCUCAGAAUUGGGCUCGACAAUACUUAGGCCAACAGUUUUACCUUCGAGUUUAUUCACCUGUGAAUUCUUGGAGAGACGAAUACCCGAUCCCCAAGAAUGCUAUUACUUGCGGCAGAGCGAGUGGUCGCAAGACUCGUCCUCUAUGAUUGGAGGCACACGGCGUAGAAAUCGUCACGAAAGGGUGACUAGUUCUAUAUAUAUUGAGUUACAUUGAAAUUUUAUCGUGUCAUUUUAGUUUUUCCAAUUCUAUCGAUUAUAAGUGAUCACUUGAUGUU